GAGAGAGAGAGAAUCCGGCUGCUGCCUCUGAGCUGCCCGCUCCUGCUGAGGGGAAGAGGAGGAAACAUGAGCUCCAGGAAAGUGAUGGCCAUCCAGGCCAGAAAAAGGAGGCCGAAGGGGAAGAAAGACAGAACGGGUAACCAUCGUAGGCCUGAGACCCAGCAGAAAGCCCCGGUGAGUGCCCCUCCUCCCCCGCCGCCCCCUCCGCCUCCCCCUGAGCCGGCAGGGCCCCCGGAGCCAGAGGAGGAGAUCCUGGGCUCCGACGAUGAGGAGCAGGAGGACCCCGCGGACUACUGCAAAGGAGGGUACCAUCCGGUGAAGAUCGGGGAUUUGUUCAACGGGAGGUACCAUGUGAUCAGGAAGUUGGGGUGGGGCCAUUUCUCCACCGUAUGGCUAUGCUGGGACAUACAAGUGAAGAACUUUGUGGCGAUGAAGGUGGUGAAGAGCGCCCAGCAUUACACAGAGACGGCCCUGGAUGAGAUCAAGCUGCUGCGAUGUGUGAGAGAGAGCGACCCCGGCGACCCCAACAAGGACAUGGUGGUUCAGCUGAUAGAUGAUUUCAAGAUCUCUGGAGUCAACGGCAUACAUGUGUGUAUGGUGUUUGAAGUGCUAGGUCACCACCUGCUGAAGUGGAUUAUUAAAUCCAACUACCAAGGUCUGCCGCUGCCAUGUGUCAAGAGCAUUAUCAAACAGGUGCUGCAGGGUCUGGACUACCUCCACACUAAAUGUAAAAUCAUCCACACGGACAUCAAGCCAGAGAACAUCCUGAUGUGUGUAGAUGACGCCUUUGUUAGGCGUAUGGCCAUGGAGGCGACCGAAUGGCAGAAAGCUGGAGCCCCCCCACCGUCUGGAUCAGCAGUUAGCACAGCCCCCCAGCUCAAACCGGUGGGAAAGAUCUCCAAGAACAAGAAGAAGAAGCUGAAGAAGAAACAGAAGCGGCAGGCAGAGCUGCUGGAGAGGCGCAUGCUGGAGAUCGAAGCCCUGGAGAGGGAGGCGGAGAAGAAGGAGGAGAGAGCCAACGACGGAGGAGAGAAAGGGGAAAAUGACAGCAACCGGUCUUCACCCCUGCAGCCGCCGCCACCGCAUCUGGGCCCCAGCAUGGCUCUGGGAGAGAGCGACGAGGAUGAUGACGACGAGGAGGAUGGGGAAGAUGAGGAGGAGGAGGAGGGAGGAGAGAGGGACAGGGACAGGGACAGGGAGAGAGAGAGGGACAGGGAGAGGGAGAGGGAGCGGGAGAGGCCCAUCAGGUUGACUAAUCAUACAUGCGCAGCGCCUCCCCAGGAGCAGAGCGAGACACCCCACAUCUCAGAUGAUGACCCCGAUGAUGAGGAGGAGGAGGAGGAGGAGGAGGAGGAGGAAGAGGAAGAGGAGGAGGAGGAGGUGCCCACGCCUACCGCUGAAAAAGAUGGCCCCAGUCCCCCCACCACAGAUGAAGGAAAUGUAGAUCCAACACAAUCAGAGGUAGAGGACAAGGAGGGGGAGCAGGAGCAGGAGGAGGAGGGACUAAAAGAUGCAGAGGAUAAGGAAGAGGCAGAGGAGAAGGAGGAAGAGGAGAAAGACACUGAAAGAGAGGACAAUGAGACAGAGGAGCCAAAGAGUGAGAGCAAAACAGAGGAGGAGGCAGUGGUAGAGGAAGUGGAGUCAAAGGAGCAGGAUGGGGAGGAUGAGGAGGACGACGAGGAUGAGGAGGACGAGGAGGAGGAGGAUGAUGAGGAAGACGACGACGACGACACGACCACGGAACUCCUCACGGACACCACAUCCCCCCAGGUCAAACCCCACAACAACAAAAGCAAUUCCGCCAAAACCAACGGUCACAUUCUGUUGGGAUCUGAGGGACUGAAACUGAAGCCCGGCAAUCCUCCGCCUCCCUCGCCCACCUCCGGUACUCUCCUCUGCCCCCUGGUGGAGUCCGAGCUCAGCUACACGGACAGGGACCACUCUCUCAGCUCCGGCUAUGAGAUGUACAACGGCGACCUGGUCGAGCCGGGGCUGACCAACGGUGGCAGUAACCGCCUUGCGGCCAUCAUGCCUCUCUUCCCCGAGCUGCCCCUGGAUCCUCUGCCGGGAAACCCCAUUUCUGUUGGAACGGCAGACAUCGGAGCAGGCCCGUCACCCAACAGCCCCGCCGCUGACCGCAGUCGCACUGUGUCGUCCUCGAGCACGGGAGACACACCCAAAGUCAGGGCCAGAGCUGCAGAUCUCCUGAUCAACCCACUCGACCCGCGCAACUCCGAGUCUAUUCGAGUUAAAAUCGCUGAUCUUGGAAAUGCCUGCUGGGUGCACAAGCACUUUACAGAGGACAUCCAGACGAGACAGUACCGCUCCAUUGAAGUCCUGAUAGGAGCUGGUUACAGCACCCCUGCAGACAUCUGGAGUACUGCCUGCAUGGCUUUUGAGCUUGCUACUGGAGAUUACUUGUUUGAGCCCCACUCUGGAGAGGACUACUCCCGUGAUGAGGACCAUAUAGCCCACAUCAUAGAGCUGCUGGGCUGUAUUCCGAGGCACUUUGCACUCUCCGGAAAAUAUUCCCGGGAGUUCUUCAACCGAAGAGACCACAUCGCUCUGAUCAUGGAGCUCCUUGGGAAGGUCCCACGCAAAGUGUUCGCUGCCGGGAAGUACAGCCGAGAGUUUUUCUCCAAGAAAGGAGAGCUUCGGCACAUCACCAAGCUGAAGCCGUGGUCGCUGUUUAACGUGCUGGUGGAGAAGUACGGCUGGGCGCAUGAAGACGCCGGCCAUUUCACGCACUUCCUUCUGCCCAUGCUGGAGAUGGUGCCCGAGAAGAGGGCAUCGGCGGGCGAAUGCCUCAACCACCCUUGGCUCAACUCGUAGCCACGAUCUCCGAUGAGGCGCCCUCCUCCCGUUGUCCAGUUAGCCCAAACACCCCCCCUCCCCUCCCCUCCCCUCCCCUCCCAGGUGGAAGGCAUCCUGUGGAACAACAGCAUGGAGAGAAGCUGGAGACAAACAGUCAGAGUAGAUGAUUCAGACGUAUUCUUUCCUGCCCUAUCCCUCGCAUCCAUUACAUGCUUAUCCGAGUAGGCUUCUUUUCCCAUAAGGAAUGUAAAGACGAGCUUAUGGAGAUGACAUAGUAGCUGUGUCUUCCGAAACAUCUCCCCAAAAAAGAUCAUUUGAAGAUGGAUGCUGCUCACGUAAAACAGGGGAGAAGUCAGGCUCUGUCUGAAAGAGAGACGUGCUUUCUUCUGCCGUCAAGAUGUCAGCCAGUCCCUUCCAUCUAACCCCCCCCCCACCCUCCUCCCACCACCCAAAUCCUCAGUUUUACCGUGUCUGGAUCCAGUCAUGGACCACUGACAGCUGCUGAUCUUUUCAACGACGUGAAAGAAAAGCCAACGAGGAGCUCCAUCUGCCAUGACCUUUACACAGCCAGGGCCUCAAAGACAGACAAUGUUUUUGUGUUGUUUUUUUUUUAGAGGGAUAACGAGCGCAUGUGCCAGUGCUCCACAUCUGCCUACAUAGACCCUCGUCCCCUCUCUCCAGCCCUGUUGCCCCAUCCUUGCCUCCCUCACCCUGCUAUGGAAGAGAGCACCCACAUCGGACUAAAAGUUUACACCCCUGAUUUCUUCCAAAAAAAUCCAAACCCCAAAAGCCCCUCCUCACUGUUUGCGCCCCCCCUAAUUGAGCUGCAUGCUCCUACUGGGCCACCUCAGAGAACUGGAGGGCAGCCAGUCCUCCAGGGGGCACCACACUGACAGUUGCCACUCUGACAAAGACGGACAGAAAAAGUGUGGGAUGAGCAAAAAAAAAAACAGAAACAAAAAUACAAUCAAUUCAACACGGAGGAGGAACGCUUGGUCUUUAGAGACCGUUUUUAAAAUGCAUGGGGAGACUGAUGGAUCAGCAUGAACGGAUAUGACAAACGGACGAUGGUCGCGAUAUCUUAUUUGUGCAUUUCGCUGGUUCCUUUCCUUCUUUCAUCACCUCUCUUGGACAUUCUGUUAGAAAGAAUUGUGUCAGGAUAUUUUGGUAAAUAUGUUACAACCUCUUUUGACAUUCCUAAAUCUUGGUCCUCUGCCACCAUUCCUGACUUUUAUUCCUGUACUAUUCCCCCCCUAUAGAGGAGCCCUUCGAUCCCCAAGCUACUCCAGAAAAGGGGAACGGUCACGUGGAGCUUGCACUUGUCUUUGUAGAUGUCCUUCAGGGAUUUGAAACCUUUGUACAUACAACUGAGAUCUUGCAACGCAGAAAAGCGACCGUGGACAAAGUUUCAACAUUCAAGCAUCAUUCCAAAACAAAAAACAGAGGCUGUUGUUGGCAUAUUUUGAUGUCCUCUGAUAGUGGGGGGGGGUCCUCUGAUACCCUGGAGGAAUGUUCAGACUGAACUGUGCCACCUGGUGGCUGAAUGAGCGUACUGCGUUGCCACACACUGCUGCCGCUCUCAGUGCCAACGCUCCAAAACGUUCCACUAUAUCUCCCUCUCCACUUAAUCUCUAUUUCUCUCUUUCACACUCACACACACACACACACACACACAAAAUCACAAUUAGUCCAGUUGCCUAUUUUUCGCAAUAAAUGAAAAAAGAUAACUAUAAGUAAAUGGUGAGAUAUUUUUAAAAACUAUUUAAUUCAUUAAAAAAAGAGGGAAAAAAAAAGAAAACAACUUUUCUCUGGUUGUUGUGACCGUGACAGAAUCUCGUCUUAUACUGAGGUGAUUGUGUUUGUCUUUUAGAGAUGUUUUUAUUUCUUUCGUCAUUAUUGAAAGGUUAUUUUUUUUUUUUUUUUUUUUUUUUUUUAAUAAACACAGGUGUCACCUCUCCCCUCUUUCCUUACUUGAACCGUGCUGCUCUGUCUGGGCUCUUGAUGGCGAUAAAAAAAAUAAAAAAAAGAUCUACAGUUUUGCAAUAAAGGGUACGUGAUGAGUUUUUAGUUUUUUUUGCACCCAAACCUCCUGAUCUCACUCGUUCAGCCAUGCCGACUGUUCUUCCUGAUGACAUUGACAGAAUUGCGUCUCUUGUCUGUGUUUUUCAUUGACAGAUUUAAUAAAAUUGUAAAUAAAUGGA